AUGCCGACCGACAAUACACCAACCUACAUCCGCGACCGACAAAACCCACCUAAUCCGAGCGACCGACCGACAAACCACCUACAUCCGACCGACCGACCGACAAACCCACCAUACAUCCGACCUACGCCCGACAACCACCUACAUCCCGACCUACCGAACCGACAACCACCUACAUCCGACCUAUCCGACCGACAAACCUACUUUAUCCGACUACCGAAGAGGCAAACCCAGCUACAUCCCGACCUAAAACCCGACCGACAAACCCACCUACAUCCCGACCUAGCCGACCGAAAAACCUACUUACAUCCCGACCUACCGACCGGCAAAACCACCUACAUCCACCGUACCGACCGACAAACCGCACCUACAUCGACCGACGAACCGACAAACCCACCUACUCACCGACCUAUACCGACCGACAAACCACCUACAUCCGACCUACCGACGCGAUCAAACCUACUUAGUUCAUCCCGACCUCCGACCGGCAAACCCACCUACAUCCGAGCCUACCGGACCGAUCAAACCCCACCUACAUCCCGACCUCGACCGGACAACCUACUUACAAUCCCGACCCUACCGACCGGCAACCCAACUACAUCCCGACUGCGACCGACAAACCACUACAUUCCCGGACUACCGACCGACAAGACCCACCUAUGA